UUGGAAAACUUCAAGUCUUGGGAGAUAACAGAGCCAUUCGUUGAUGACGGGCGAUUUAUAUCAGCGUCAUCCGUGGCAGUCUUUUACAAGAAUCAGCUGCUGAUUGGAUCCCCAGAAGAGCAUCUGUAUAAUUCUACGAAUCAAAUGUUAAUACUUCAAUCUCACACAUAUCGAGCUCGCAAAUGUCAGUUACGGAACUGGUCAUCAUUGAAAGCUAUUAGGCUCAGACAUCAUGAGCCCUUCACCUAUCGUGCGGAUCGCAACUUUGUUAUGAAUAAAAAUGCCAAAAUAAAGAAUGCGUUAUGGUAUGGGUUUAAUAAGAGCUUUGAAGCCAUUGGAGAAAUUUAUGCUUGGCAGCAUUGUACAAGCCCAACCCAAAAGCUUUGA